GUGGCGAAGGCUACUGAAGAAAAUGUGAAAACAAUUACAGGGUGUGCAAAGAUUCAGAAAGCACUCUAUAAAGUGAAAAAGUUUCUUCGCUUCAAAAGGAAAGGUGUGCAUAAAGGUAGACAGCUUUGAUAAAUUAAUAUAUUGGACAGAAAAUUUGUAGAGCUCGCUUAGAGCUGAAUAAUGAUACCAGCAUCAUGGAAGCUUCUUGGCAUAUUGAGUGAAAUUAAUUUGAAAGAGAAUUUCCACAGAAUUGUGAAAGCAGCGUAUCCUCAUUAAAUAUGAAGACACCGUUGCACUUCAAGCAGCCUAUCAGAACUGUAAGGGGAAAAGACGGCCAAACAUAACUGAGUGACCAGACGCCAAAAGCGUGCGGCGCAUCACUGACGUUUAAAGAAAUUACAAGAAAUGCUGUUUCUGACAACACAAUCUUUAGGGAUUGUGGUUACAGUUAUGAAAAAAUGUGAAGAACUUGAAAUGUAGGCUUUGCAAGCAGUAAUGAAGAAUCCAAAACAGAUGAUGGGGUAGGAAGUGUGUUCAGAAUUUCACGAUUCAUGCUUUUCAGGAAAAAGUACCAUUGAUGAUGCUUGUAUAUGAAGUUUGAAUAUAUUGGGUGCGUAUGGUCAUGUAAAUGCUUUCAAGAUUACCGAGAUCAGUGACAACAUAAGGUUCAAUUUCUGUGAAUUCUUAUCCGUAGAGUUGAGAAUCGGAGUCCUCUAUAAAUCUGCGUACUUUGAACUCGAGUCAUUUAAGAACUUUAUAUCAUGAUAACCACCAUACCUGGUGGUCUGUCUGCAUUGUCUCACAAUAAUGCAAUUAGGCGAGGUUUCGCAACUAUAAUUAUCUCUUGUAGCGCAGUAUGUAAUUGUGGCUUAAAGUCAUGUGACACGAAGUCUGGUAGAUUUGUACAUUUUUUAAUUUUCAAGAAAGUGUCAUAUAAUAUCUAAGCAUAUUCAUAACCUUCCUCUAUAGCAAAUUUUAUGUGCUUAGACAUUCCAAUCAAACAAAGAUAUUCUUAUUUUGCAUGCUGCAAUUUCAUUUUACAGCCCAAAAAUUGAAGGAAGCUGCAAAUUUUAAAAUAAUAUUACCAUUACAUAAUAUUUCAGGACAAAAAGUUCACAUGGCAGCUACAGUAGUAUUAUUUAGGGUAAUAAACUAUAGUAAAUUUUACAAGGUGCAGUAUAUAAUUUCAGAAGAACCACAUUUAGAGUUUAGCAAAUAUCGUAAUUUUGGGAAAAAUCGAUCUUAAAGUUUUGAUUUGUUUUACUUGGCAUGUUCAGUCACGCGUAGUCAAUAAUGUCGAUUAAUCAAUCAACUAUAAGGUUUAGAGGUAGAUGCAAAACAUUUCUUUGUUUAAUUAAUGUCAUUCUCGCCUUCAUUUAGUGCAAACGUUUUCAUAAACGAUUACUUGGAGAAUGAGUUAUGACGCUGUGGAGGAAAUGUUGCUACCAAAGUGUAGGUGCAGUUAGUUGGUAAUUAACAUGUUGACAGAAAUAAGCAUUACAGUCAAGUCAUUUAUAACUCAACCAGUCAUUUAUGUGUUGAAUUUGUUACGCGGAAGAUUAUAAAUACAUCUUCAAGAGUUUUUAUUAAAUAUGACAGCUGUGUAUAUAUUGAAACGUACAAAAUGGCGAUGACGACAAAGUACCUGGUUGUAUAUGCUAAAUACACUGGAAUCUUCUUCUCAGCCAGUCCACUCAUAUUUGUGAAGGGAUAAUUCGAAAUUGAUUUUCAGUUCGAAUUAGGCCUAUUUCUCAUAAUCAUUAAAAUAGCCUAUGGCAGUUAGGCUGUUAAUUCAACGUUGGGGACAAUUUAAUAUUAUUAAACUAUUUGUACGUCAGUUGGAAGCGUAGAUUGUGGCAAUAAUGUUGGAUGUCAUCGCUUGACAAUGAAAAACAGCAAACUGUCGUCAGCUGUGACAGUUUACUUGAUAUCAAUAAAUCACUUUGAACUAUUAUAAACUUCCUAUCAACAUUUGAUUGCGAGAUACAAUAAGCUCUACGCACCCAUGUAUGAAUAUUGAGGUUAUGUCAGUUGAUUUAGUUUCUCUGUGCAGUUCCUUGCAUCGGAUUACAUAUUCAGUCUUUCAGGUUACAGAGCAUGAAAGUCGUGGGAUUAAACUCGAAGGAAAGCCAAAGAAAUAAGAAAGCGAAACAUCCCACAAAACGCUCGCCAUGUCAGAUGGUGAGAUGCGGGUUCAUAUUACACUUCCUGCGAGAUUACUUCAUCAACUCUUCCCUGCAUGGAUUGCGUUAUGUCGCAGAAGAUGGACGACAUUGGGCAGAAAGAUGCAUCUGGAUAUUCUUGUGCACCAUUGCCGUCGCCGGAGCGCUGUACACGUCUUCGAACAUAUGGACCCGAUACCAGACGAGUCCUACCAUGACUGUGCUGGAGAGCACAAAUUACCAAAUCGAGUAUCUCCCUUUUCCUGCAGUCACCGUUUGUAACGUGUACCACGCGCGGUGGGAUAAAGCAGUGCGCUUUCAAGAGACGUACCUACCAGAUGCAGACAAUAUUACUAUUAACGCCUUCUACCGGCUGGUUUUUGGGUUAUCACUGGUGAAUUUUGGAGAUUUCGACAUGAUUACCAAAUAUUUUGGGAACAGCAUAGAAGACGCGGAAAGACUGGCUGGUCUCAACGUGACAUUCCUCAUGAUGGAGGUGAUGAGUUCGUGUGAAGAACUGUUCGUCGAGAAAUGCUGGUGGCGAAAUAUGUUUUAUGACUGUUGUUCGCUCUUCGAGAUGCAGAAAACGGAAUACGGCUUCUGUUAUUCCUUCAAUUCAGAGACUUCACAAUAUCGACGAUCGUAAGUACAGACAGCGCCUUCUUGUUAUGCCACCAUCUUCACGUCAGACAGUUGCGAAUAUUUUUAUACGUGUAGAUGUUUAGAGAUAUCAGAUAACAAACAUAACUGUAGUGAAUAACUCGGAGUUACAGUAUGGAUUGAAACACGAACUGCCCGAUAUAAUAUUUAUUAUGAAACUUGGUCAAAGUCAGGGUAGUCCAACUUUUUAUCCGCUCGGGCCAAGAAUAGUUUUCUUGUUGGAUCCAAGGGCCAAGAAACUUUUUCUAACACUCUUAAUGGAAACUAAUAACAAAUAUUAGUUAUCUUUAACAAAACUAAAUCAGAAAUCAAACAUUCUAGAAAUAUUUGCACAAAUAUCAAUUUUAUUGAAAGAUACACAAAUUUUUGUAGAGUUACAUACCAUUUUAAAUGUUAUCCUGCAACAACUUGAAUCUGACACACGUUUAAUUGAAUAGAACGCUUACAUUUUACGGUAGGGGUUUAAAGUCAAUAGCAUUUGUGGCUCUUGUACGUAAAGCAGCGGACGGGUUAAUAAUCACGAACGUUUUUUAAAAUCCUCUGGAAUAAACAAAAUAUAUUAGUUUUGCAGUAAUUAGUAAUAAAUUAACAAGUAAUUUUGCGUGGUUACAAGUGGUUCCGGGCCAGAUAUGGCCUACCCGCCGCCAGUAUGACCACGCAGCUGUAAGAUAAAAACUGAGUGUGUUUGAGAUUGAAGUGCUGAAGGUAAUUUAUCCGUAUAAGUUAGCAGCAAUAGUUGAAAAAUUUAGAUAAUUAUUAAUGACGACCUUCGUUAUUUGAAGGCCCGAGACUUUACCCAAUAUUAGAGUGACAAAAUCAAGGUUGAUGACAAGACGUGACAUGUGGAACGAAAAGAGAGAAGGAGAAUGAAUACAACAUUUUAAGGGAAGACAGCACUUGGUAGAACAAGGCGUAGAUAGAAUAAUGCUAUUAAAAUGGAUCUUAGUGAAAUAGGUUGUGGGCUGAUUCCGAUUUAAUCAGAAUUGGGGACUAAUGACGUACUUUUGAGAACAUGAUUAUGAACUUCAACGGAU